AUGGCUACUCAACUUUCCUCUUCGACGAGUUCAACCUACCGAAGAACUGCACGUCGAGAUCGUCGAAUCAGACACCGGGCACGCUUUCCUAAGCCGAAUCCGCCACAGUUGAAGACAUCCCGUCGACGGGGUCCAAAAAGAAGAAAGCUGCGUGAACAGGACUCCUUGGAUCUUGACAACUGCUACUAUGCUUGUGAGGACCGAGGAUACCAUCUCGAUCCCGAUGUUCGUGUCGGUCUUGAAAUCAACCAUGAUGAAACCCCAUAUUGGUUUUCCGACGACAGCAUCACCGAUCGAAGCAUAGCCGCAGAAGAACCAUGCCCAUUACUCGACUUCUCUGCCGUGGGCGCAUUAGCAAGACCUUCACCUACGAUAUCUUCCGAGACAGGAGGCGGAAAAGUCAUCUUCAAGAGAAAAGGAACGCGAAGCCUCUCUGAAGCAGACCUCACUGAAAAUCCCUCACCUCCACUACCUCCCAUUCUCAUGACCGCAAAGGCACGCACAAGCAUCCAGCUCCCCAGUUGCCAUUUAGAGCCUUCAAGGAAUCGAUGUCCGCCAGAAUACCACUCAGACUACCUCAAUGAUGUCAGGAUUCCAAGUCCAUUGCUAUACCACAGCUCACAAUUCGAAUACACUACUCCCUCUGACAAUCCUUGGUUGACCUGGAACGUCCCCUCCUUCGAGUUCGCCCAUGGCCAGCAAAAGCCAGAACCUGACUUUACCAGCUACCGGCCCGUCGUGUGUGGUGCUGCUCUGGACGAGCGUACACAUAUGCAACGUAAUGAAAGCUUGGGGUUUGCUGUUUGCACGGCUGCAUCCUCCCGGCACAAAGCAGAAGCAAGUCACGUCUCGGACGGCAGCCAUGAUUCUUCGACUCAUGGCGAUGUUCUUUCCUCAGGCGAUGACCUUGACUCCCAAGAAUUGACGCGGACCAACCAAGAAUAUUCACUCGUCGCGGACGUCGACAGAAAUGGUCUCGUCACUCCCAUGGGCCUUGACUUUCCAUGGUAUCAUGAUUUUUUCAUGCCAAAGGUCUCGUAUAGCCAAGAAAUAGCUGUGCCACCCGAUGUCGCACCAUCUGAGGACAAUUUAAUCUUUCCCACACUGCCAACUCCGAUCAACCUUGACCACGCGUUGAUUGCUUGUUGCAGCGUCAACAACAUUGUUCACCCAGGCGGAAAUCAAGCUGCCAGAAGUUGGGAGCGAGCAGGCAGAGGGUUGCCAUCAUUUCGAGAUCCAGUUGACACCACUCCGUCCCCGUCUAUGUCGGACGCGGUAGAGGCAGCUGUCCGUGGAGCUUGCAGUGCCAGCGAACCGCAGACCACUCGAGGAUCCUUAGAUAGUAGAGAUGAUACAAUCACCUCGGACGGGCCCUAUCCUGGCGCUGCAAUCAAGGUUGUCAUUCCACCAUGCAUGGACCUGGUUCCGGCACGACUGUACCGGCACCAACUCAUUGCGUGGCCACUGUCAACUGCAGCUGUGGAGGCGAGAAACAGACGCGACAGUGACGUAUCGGCUGUUCUCAGAAUGGCAGAAUGGUUGGCAGGAUUGAAUACGCUGAGACCCUAUGUGGGUGGCCAGUUGGGUCUACCUCUUCCCAAGCCACCAGGCAAUGACGCCGGUCUCAAUUCUAGGAGAAAUAUGUCGACGUUCAACGAUACUCUGAGUUCAGUACUUUCUGCCCGGGUUGAGUGCCACGGAGAGCCUGCAGAGGAUGAAGCUGAUUCGGGCUCACCCGAUGAAGGGUACUUCACCUGUAGCGAACGCUAUUCGGAGGCCGACUUGCUGGAAGACACACCUACCGAUGAGGAAUGGGUCGAUUGGGAAUGGGAUUUUCAGUCAGAUGAUGUGGAUGAGAGGAUUGGACUAUUUGCCUCUGAAUGGGAGGGAGCGACUAAGGCAGAUACGAUGUAA